AUGACACUGUGCAGUCUUUGCAGGACAAUCCCCUUUGAUAAACUUCCUACGGUUCCCCAAGAUAUUAAAGAUGGAUAUAUGACCGGGAAUCCUUAUAUCCAACACUUCCGUGGCUGGCCUCCGGAGGACAAAGGUUUCUUGCAUUACCAAAGCUUAGAUGCAUUACAGAGAUCUGCAUCGGAAUUGCAGUGUCUUCUCUGCAAUCUUAUUCUAGAGCAGGUGCUUUUGUGCCAAGCAGAACUUGAGAAGCUCAAGCUGGCUUGGGAACUGAAUAGAGCAUAUGAGUAUGUAUGGCCGCUCUGGGAGUUCUGGCUUAUUAAGCCUGCCUCUGGGAGAGAUGGCUUUUGGGUCAUGACAUUCACGGAUGAACUGGGAUUCAAAGAUGAAGUAAGGAGACGUGAGGCAAGACUGGUUGCAGCCAUUGGUCUUUGCGUCGAAGAUGGUAUGGUUACCCAAUACAACCAAAGUGACAGCAUUGAUAUUAUCAGUCCAACACAAACUUUCUUGCCAACCCGUGUUAUCGAUGUUGGCAAAGAACUCAACAGCCCUUACGUUAGGCUACUCGAAACUCAGGAACACGAUGCAGGACGAUAUGUGGCCUUGAGCUAUUGUUGGGGGGAAAUGCCGCAAUUUACUACUACUAGGUCUACGCUUCAAGAGCGAAAGGAUGGUAUCCUGGUAGCUAGUCUGCCAAAAACGCAUCAAGAUGCCAUUCAGAUUACCCAAAUGCUUGGGGUGAGAUAUCUGUGGAUAGAUAGUAUUUGUAUAUGCCAGGGCGAUAAGGAAGACUGGGAACGAGAAUCAGCCAAGAUGCUUUCAGUCUAUGCUAACUCAUAUCUAACUAUCGCAGCAUCUAAUGGCAAGGAUAGCCAUGAAGGUUUGUUUAACGAGAUACCAGCGAUAAAAUACGUUCAGAUUGAUCUCGUGUUUGGGAAUCUCCAAGGUCAAGCUUUGGCCUUCAGCCUUCCUCUCCAAGAAGAGAGUUUCAGCACCGGGUGCUUGAUGAAAGACAAUCGUCCAACCUUUCCCCUAUUUGUGGACUAUAUAACUUUGCCUAAAGAACCUCUCUCCAGACGCGGUUGGACUUUACAGGAGCGUGUUUUAUCUCAUAGAACUCUCCACUACAGCAGUCGGCAAAUGCUAUUCGAAUGCAACGAAGCAUUUCGCGGAGAGGACGGCUUGUUCUUUCAAGCUAGAUUCGACACUAUACAUCAAAAGGGGAGCGAAAGAGAUGCUGCAGCGAUUGAUCAUGAAAGCGAGCAUUCCACUUACAAAGACGCGUUAUUGAAGUCGUGGUAUAGACUGGUUCAGCUGUAUGGACAACGACAUCUCUCAGUACCAUCGGACAAACUUCCUGCUAUAUCAGGCCUUGCCAGCAUCUUUGCAGAGCGGUUGGGUGACCAGUACCUAGCUGGGCUUUGGCGAUCUGACCUCAUGGUGGGGCUGUGCUGGCAAGAUGUUGAAGUUACGCUCAAAGGCGCAAAUCCCUAUGGCGAGGUCCUGGAAGGAAAGAUUGCGAUCUGUGCGCCGAUGGAACGUCUGUGUCCGGUUCGAGGAGAAUCAACGCAGCCGGUUGAAUUUGAACUGCGGGUGGAAAACGCUCAGACUGUACGUACAAUGUGCUGCUUCGACUCUAUUGAGUUCUCUGAAGACCUUUACAAGGAAGCAGGUGGAAUACCGGAGAAUAUUCAAGGGAGGGAGUUUUUUGCUCUGAUUCUUAUAGAGCUAGCAGGCUUAAGAGAUGACAAUCUCCCAUUCUUGGGGUUGGUUGUUGAAAGGAUCAAGGGAAAGGAAGAAUAUCAGAGAGUCGGGAACUUUAGAACUUCUGGAAAAGCAUUGAGGAAAGAGACCAAAGGGAGAGAAAAGGAUCGAGCUCAGUCAAUUACUCUUAUAUAG